UUCCAGCCACUGACUCUAGUUCCUACCCGGACCGCAAUCUUCGUUGCACACGUAACAGGCAUGGCGUCCUUCAACCAGAGGCGAAAGUGACAAACAUUUAUCCAUUCGCCCUUCUGUAUCUUUCUAAUUUUUUUUUAUGUAGACAUAUAUAAAUAUUAUUCACAAUGGUGACCAGGACCGCGUGUCAAGUUCUCCAGCGCCGCUUUGUGACUGCCGCAGCGGCUGCACGUGCACCGGCCGCCGGGGCCCGCAGCCAGCGCAAUGCCGUCUUCUCCAGAGAGCAGGCCAGGCAGAGAGCUCUGUACCCUCGCAUCGAGAAGAUAGAGGUGUCCAUGCAGGGCCCGGGGCUGGAUGGGACACUGCUCAUCAUGAACAAAGGGAUGUCCACUCCACUGAGCUGUGCCAGACACCUGACAGAGCAUCACCUGACCAACUCUGCUCUGGCCCUGGUGGACGGGGAACCGUGGUCUCUCCACCAGCCCCUCACCCAGUCCUGCUCACUCACUCUGCUCACAUUUAAAGACAAUGAUCCAACACUGGCCAACCAGGCCUAUUGGCGUUCCUGCGCUGCCUUGCUAGGCCAGGUUCUGGAGACUGCGUUCAAAGACGACUUUACUGUGGAGCUGCUCAGCACACCAGAGGUGGCAGUCACUUCUGGGGCUUUCUGCUGUGAUGCGGUGCUCGACCCUCAGCUGGACUCGUGGACUCCCUCUGAGGAGUCCUUGCGGUCUCUGACCAGAGCGGCCCAGCAGCUGAUCCAUCAUGACCUGGCCUGGGAGCCUCUGGAGGUGGCGCCCUCUGUGGCGCUGGAGGUCUUCUCACACAGCAGGUGUAAACAGGAAGAGGUGGAACAGAAAGCAUCACAAAACCCCAAAGGCACAGUGAUGCUCCACAGAUGUGGUGACCAUGUGCUGCUGAGUGAAGGCCCCCUGGUGGCCAGAACAGGCCUGUGCUCCCAGUACGAGGUGACGGCCCUCCACAGCCUGGAGCAGGGGCCCUGGGGCCUCCACCGUCGAGCACAGGGCCUCUCCCUGCCUCUUCAGCUGCAGGCUCACCACACAGUCUGGAGGAAGCUGAGGCAACGGGCAGAGAAACUGGUUGAGGUGCCGAGACUUGAAGAAUUGGCCCCACCCCCUCCCCCUGACUCAACUCCACCUCCGACCAGCCAGUAAUGACCUCUGUGUAACCUUCCCCACAUACAUUAACACUUUCACAUGUAUCUGAUUGUAUUAUUUGUCCAAUAAAUGUGUAAAAAUAUGU